AUGGGGGAGUACGGAGUCACGCCAGGCCAGCGCGUGGCCAUCGUCUGGGACAGCUCCUCACCUGUCGAAGCCCUGAAGGAUUUGGUGGAUAAAAUUCAGGCACUGGUGGGAGCUGAUAAUCGUGUUGCUGUGGAAAACAUUAACCAGUUGUCUCAGUCGGCUCACAGGGAGUCCAGCUUCGACGUAAUUCUCUCUGGCGUGGUACCAGGCAGUGCAGCGCAGCACAGUGCAGAGGUACUGGCAGAAAUAGCUCGGAUACUUAAGCCGGGGGGCCGGGUCCCGGUGAAAGAACCGGUGGGUACAGAAUCAGGAAACAACAGCAGAAUCAAGACAGCAGCCAAACUCCCCACAGCUCUGACUCUCUCUGGGUUGGUGGAAGUGAAGGAGCUGCAAAAGGAAGCGUUGACCCCAGAGGAGGCCCAGUCUGUCCGAGAGUAUUUGAGCUACCAAGGCAAUGACCUUCUCAUCGUUCAGAUAGAAGGCAGGAAGCCCAAUUUCGAAGUGGGAUCCUCAAGUCAGCUCAGACUUUCCUUUGCCAAAAACCCUGGUCCUUCAGGAAAACCCUCUGUGGACCCAGCCACUGCCAAGCUGUGGACACUCUCUGCCAAUGACAUGGAUGAUGAAGAGAUGGAUCUUUUGGACUCUGACGAGCUGUUGGAUUCAGAGGAUUUGAAAAAGCCAGAUCCAUCGUCCCUCAGAGGUCCAUCCUGCAAAGAAAUGGGCAAGAAGAAAGCCUGCAAGAACUGCACAUGUGGCCUGGCUGAAGAGCUGGAACAGGAGAAGAAGAGCUCACAGCCCAAAUCUGCCUGUGGAAACUGCUACCUGGGGGAUGCGUUCCGCUGUGCCAGCUGCCCUUACCUGGGGAUGCCCGCCUUCAAGCCUGGGGAGAAGAUUCUCCUGAAAGAGAACCAGCUACAUGAUGCCUAACAAAGAUGUCCUUGGAUGUCCUGUGAAGGACUCCUCCGCUUUGCUGUCGGUCUGAGGUUCUUCCUGCAGCCCUCCUCAUCCUCUCAA